UGCCCUGCCUUGGUUCCUGGCAGAAGGUCUGAGGGAGGCCAGGCAGUCACCAGGGGUACCGGUGCCGGGCAGGGGCUGCAGGCAGGCAGGCAGAGUUUCCCCUUAGAUUGCUGGGUGAACAGGGCCAGUGGCUCCAGCUUGGCCCAGGAAGAAGCAGGACUUCCUCCUGCCUCCUGCUCUCCUGCAGCUCCAGCCUCUCAGGUGAAACACCCCACAAUUCAGCCUGCAGAAGGAAUCUUAUGGGGACAGUCACCAGGCUGAGACUGGGCCAGAAUCAGCAUGGAGAGGACCCCCCAGCCAGAGGACAGAGCCCCUGGACCAAUUCUCCCUGGGGUAACUGCAAGUCAAGCUCCUAGGAAGGCAGGGUGUCCAUGAUGGAGGUCAACUCCAACAGGCCUGAGCCUAGGGAGCAAGACUGGGCAGACGCUGCACAGCAGGAACUGCGGUGGAUAGAACUCAGCUCCGAGGCCCCAGAAGGCGGCACAGAGGGGCCUGGCGCCCCCCAGAGCCAGGGGCGCCUGCUCCAGGCCGUGUGGCACGGUCCUGCCGGCUUGGUGGUUCAGUUGCUGAGGCAAGGGGCCAGCGUGGAAGAGAGGGACCGCUCCGGAAGGACCCCUCUGCACCUGGCCGUGCUGCGUGGCCACGUGCCCCUGGUGCGCCUCUUGCUGCAGCGCGGGGCCCCGGUGGACGCAGCUGACUGCGCGGGGCACACGCCGCUGCACGAGGCCGCCUGGCACGGGCACUCGCGGGUGGCCGAGCUGCUGCUGAGACGAGGGGCCCCGGCGGAUGCACGCUCGGUGAAGGGUCUCACAGCGCUGCACUGGGCCGCGGCGUUGGGCCACACGUUGCUGACCGCGCGCCUUCUGGCCGCUCCGGGCCUGGGCCCCGAGGCGACCGAUGCAUUUGGCUGGACCGCAGUGCAUUGGGCGGCCGCCGGCGGGCGGCUGCCGGUACUCGAGCUGCUGGCGGCGGACGGGGCCGCGGACUUGGAUGGUGCCCUGCGGGUGGCGGCGGCGGCCGGGCGCGCGGCGGCGCUGCGCCUCCUCUUGGCCCGCGGGGCGCGGGUGGAUGCCCCGGACGGUUCCGGGACCACGGCGCUCGUCUUGGCGGCCGGCCUGGGCCGCCAACAGGACAUUGAGGUGCUGCUGGGCCAUGGGGCAGACCCAAGCAUCAGGGACAGGCACGGCCGAACUGCACUCCACAGGGCUGCCACUGGUGGACAUCUUCCUGCUGUCCAGCUCCUGGUAGCCUGGGGAACUGAGGUAGACGCUCAGGACUCACUGGGUCUCACACCCCUGCACUAUGCGGCUCUGGGAGGCCAUGUGGAGGUUGCUGGCCACCUCCUGGAUAGGGGGGCACAGGUCAAUGCUGCUGGCUGGCUCCACAAGACCCCCCUGCACUUUGCUGCAGAAUAUGGCCACAGUCCUACCAUGGAACUCUUGCUGAGCCGAGGGGCUAGUCCUGCUCUGAGGACACAGUGGGGUGAAGUGGCUCAGAUGUCCAAUGGGGGCCUUCCCCAGGUGCUGUCUGCCUUUCAAGGAGAGCAGCAGAUGCACUCAGGGCUCACAGCCCUGUAGUCCCACGCAACCCUCUGUGAGACUCACACAGCAGCACAGAAAGCUCCUAGCCCAGAGGGGCCCAGCUCUUCUCUUCUGGACUGAGAUCACCUGCCAAGGUGGAGAAGUUCAAGUGAGAGGUUCCUGGGGAUGAGGGGAGAGAGACACCUAAGACCGGGUCACUGGCCUGUGGCCAGACCUCAAUGCCCCUUCCCCUCAGCUCCAGCCUUCUCCACGCUCUUGGGUAAAGACUGCGUCACAGCAACAGAUCUGACUCAAAUUGAUGGUCUCCCUUUGUCUGUCCACCAGGGCACCCCCUCACCUGUUCCUGUACAUGAGAGUGUUCCAUUUCCUUAGAUUUUGUAUUUUCCUGUUUGGCUUCCAUUAAUCACAGAACCAAACUAACGGCACGGCUGUUCCCAUCUCCCUUCCACCUCUGCUGUGGACCCCCUCCUCGGUACCUCUCACAAGCCAGGCCUGUGUCCCUGCUCAUUGCCCAGGGUCAGCUCUUCUGUACCAGGGUCCACUGGAGUUAUCCAGACUAGCCAAUUCUAAGCUGUUGAUCAUGCUCUGCCUCUCCAGUGGAAAACCAGAGAGGGUCCUGGCCUUUCCUUGCUUGCCCUGUCUCCUGACCACAAGCUGGUGCUUCCGUGUGUGGCCCUGCAUGCCAUCGCAGGGCAUGGUAUGCCUCCACCUCUGGGAAACCUGACUAACGACAGAAUCUUCUUUCAAUGGCACUUGCUUCUCCAUGACCUCACUCAGUCAUUUCUGUAAACUUGAAUCCCCAGGCUGGUAUCUACAGGCUAGUACAACAGCCUGUAGUCCUAGCACUUGGGAGGCUGAGGCAGGUGGAUUUCUUGAGUUCAGGUGUUUCAGGCCAGCCAGGGCAACACAGUGAGUCUCUGUCUCAAAAUAACAAAAAAAGUAGUUGUUAUGUAUUUAUAUUGGUACUGGGGAUGGAACUCAGGGCCACUCAACCACUGAGCCACAUCCCCAACCUG